AUGGCCCCGCUCCAAUCAUCGGUUUCUGGCUUGGCCGCACACAAGAAGACGAACGUCCUGGGACAAGGUGUAGAAGCGCCGCCAUCUAUCACCAUUGAUGACUACGAGCUGGAAGCUGCGAACCAGUUCACAUACCUUGGGUCCACCGUUUGCAGAAACCUCUCCCUAGACGCAGAGCUCAACAAGAGAAUAGGAAAGGAAGCAACAACACUCGCUCAUCUCACCACACCGGUCACACUGUUGGACGGGAGUGAGUCCUGGACGACCUAUGCCAAGCAAGAGAAGAGACUGAAUGCCUUCCACUUGAGAUGUAUCCACUGUAUCCGCCGCAUGCUCGGCAUUUUAAGGAAGGACAAAUUGCCGAACACCGAAGUCCGAUCUCGUGCUGGCCUUCCUAGCAUGUUCACCCUCCUCAGACAACGCAGACUCCGCUGGCUAGGCCAUGUCCAUCGUAUUGAGGAUGGCCGUAUCCCUAAGGACAUCCUCUAUGGUCAAAUGGCAACCGGCAAGAAAGACACUGGCCGCCCUCAGCUGCGCUUCAGAGAUGUUAUCAAGAGGGACUUGAAGGCUCUGAAGUUAUGUGGUCACGGCUACUGGCUUUAUCGGCCAGAUUCUAUCUGUGCCACGGACCCGGAGUGCCAGAACGGAGGAACUUGUGAUUCGAAUACGUGCAACUGUGCACCUGGGUACACUGGUUCAAACUGUGAACAAGGUCCUAUCUGUGCUACGGACCCGGAGUGCCAGAACGGAGGAACUUGUUUUUCGAAUACGUGCAACUGUGCACCUGGGUACACUGGUUUAAACUGUGAACAAGAUUCUAUCUGUGCCACGGACCCGGAGUGCCAGAACGGAGGAACUUGUGAUUCGAAUACGUGCAACUGUGCACCUGGGUACACUGGUUCAAACUGUGAACAAGGUCCUAUCUGUGCUACGGACCCGGAGUGCCAGAACGGAGGAACUUGUUUUUCGAAUACGUGCAACUGUGCACCUGGGUACACUGGUUCAAACUGUGAACAAGGUCCUAUCUGUGCUACGGACCCGGAGUGCCAGAACGGAGGAACUUGUUUUUCGAAUACGUGCAACUGUGCACCUGGGUACACUGGUUUAAACUGUGAACAAGAUUCUAUCUGUGCCACGGACCCGGAGUGCCAGAACGGAGGAACUUGUGAUUCGAAUACGUGCAACUGUGCACCUGGGUACACUGGUUCAAACUGUGAACAAGGUCCUAUCUGUGCUACGGACCCGGAGUGCCAGAACGGAGGAACUUGUUUUUCGAAUACGUGCAACUGUGCACCUGGGUACACUGGUUCAAACUGUGAACAAGGUCCUAUCUGUGCUACGGACCCGGAGUGCCAGAACGGAGGAACUUGUUUUUCGAAUACGUGCAACUGUGCACCUGGGUACACUGGUUUAAACUGUGAACAAGAUUCUAUCUGUGCCACGGACCCGGAGUGCCAGAACGGAGGAACUUGUGAUUCGAAUACGUGCAACUGUGCACCUGGGUACACUGGUUCAAACUGUGAACAAGGUCCUAUCUGUGCUACGGACCCGGAGUGCCAGAACGGAGGAACUUGUUUUUCGAAUACGUGCAACUGUGCACCUGGGUACACUGGUUUAAACUGUGAACAAGAUUCUAUCUGUGCCACGGACCCGGAGUGCCAGAACGGAGGAACUUGUGAUUCGAAUACGUGCAACUGUGCACCUGGGUACACUGGUUCAAACUGUGAACAAGGUCCUAUCUGUGCUACGGACCCGGAGUGCCAGAACGGAGGAACUUGUUUUUCGAAUACGUGCAACUGUGCACCUGGGUACACUGGUUUAAACUGUGAACAAGAUUCUAUCUGUGCCACGGACCCGGAGUGCCAGAACGGAGGAACUUGUGAUUCGAAUACGUGCAACUGUGCACCUGGGUACACUGGUUCAAACUGUGAACAAGGUCCUAUCUGUGCUACGGACCCGGAGUGCCAGAACGGAGGAACUUGUUUUUCGAAUACGUGCAACUGUGCACCUGGGUACACUGGUUUAAACUGUGAACAAGAUUCUAUCUGUGCCACGGACCCGGAGUGCCAGAACGGAGGAACUUGUGAUUCGAAUACGUGCAACUGUGCACCUGGGUACACUGGUUCAAACUGUGAACAAGGUCCUAUCUGUGCUACGGACCCGGAGUGCCAGAACGGAGGAACUUGUUUUUCGAAUACGUGCAACUGUGCACCUGGGUACACUGGUUUAAACUGUGAACAAGAUUCUAUCUGUGCCACGGACCCGGAGUGCCAGAACGGAGGAACUUGUGAUUCGAAUACGUGCAACUGUGCACCUGGGUACACUGGUUCAAACUGUGAACAAGGUCCUAUCUGUGCUACGGACCCGGAGUGCCAGAACGGAGGAACUUGUUUUUCGAAUACGUGCAACUGUGCACCUGGGUACACUGGUUUAAACUGUGAACAAGAUCCUAUCUGUGCCACGGACCCGGAGUGCCAGAACGGAGGAACUUGUGAUUCGAAUACGUGCAACUGUGAACCUGGGUACACUGGUUCAAACUGUGAACAAGGUCCUAUCUGUGCUACGGACCCGGAGUGCCAGAACGGAGGAACUUGUGAUUCGAAUACGUGCAACUGUGCACCUGGGUACACUGGUUUAAACUGUGAACAAGAUUCUAUCUGUGCCACGGACCCGGAGUGCCAGAACGGAGGAACUUGUGAUUCGAAUACGUGCAACUGUGCACCUGGGUACACUGGUUCAAACUGUGAACAAGGUCCUAUCUGUGCUACGGACCCGGAGUGCCAGAACGGAGGAACUUGUUUUUCGAAUACGUGCAACUGUGCACCUGGGUACACUGGUUUAAACUGUGAACAAGAUUCUAUCUGUGCCACGGACCCGGAGUGCCAGAACGGAGGAACUUGUGAUUCGAAUACGUGCAACUGUGCACCUGGGUACACUGGUUCAAACUGUGAACAAGGUCCUAUCUGUGCUACGGACCCGGAGUGCCAGAACGGAGGAACUUGUUUUUCGAAUACGUGCAACUGUGCACCUGGGUACACUGGUUUAAACUGUGAACAAGAUUCUAUCUGUGCCACGGACCCGGAGUGCCAGAACGGAGGAACUUGUGAUUCGAAUACGUGCAACUGUGCACCUGGGUACACUGGUUCAAACUGUGAACAAGGUCCUAUCUGUGCUACGGACCCGGAGUGCCAGAACGGAGGAACUUGUUUUUCGAAUACGUGCAACUGUGCACCUGGGUACACUGGUUUAAACUGUGAACAAGAUCCUAUCUGUGCCACGGACCCGGAGUGCCAGAACGGAGGAACUUGUGAUUCGAAUACGUGCAACUGUGAACCUGGGUACACUGGUUCAAACUGUGAACAAGGUCCUAUCUGUGCUACGGACCCGGAGUGCCAGAACGGAGGAACUUGUGAUUCGAAUACGUGCAACUGUGCACCUGGGUACACUGGUUUAAACUGUGAACAAGAUCCUAUCUGUGCCACGGACCUGGAGUGCCAGAACGGAGGAACUUGUGAUUCGAAUACAUGCAACUGUGCACCUGGGUACACUGGUUCAAACUGUGAACAAGGUCCUAUCUGUGCUACGGACCCGGAGUGCCAGAACGGAGGAACUUGUGAUUCGAAUACGUGCAACUGUGCACCUGGGUACACUGGUUUAAACUGUGAACAAGGUCCUAUCUGUGCUACGGACCCGGAGUGCCAGAACGGAGGAACUUGUGAUUCGAAUACGUGCAACUGUGCACCUGGGUACACUGGUUUAAACUGUGAACAAGAUCCUAUCUGUGCCACGGACCCGGAGUGCCAGAACGGAGGAACUUGUGAUUCGACUACAUGCAACUGUGCACCUGGUUACACUGGUUCAAACUGUGAACAAGGUCCUAUCUGUGCUACGGACCCGGAGUGCCAGAACGGAGGAACUUGUGAUUCGAAUACGUGCAACUGUGCACCUGGGUACACUGGUUUAAACUGUGAACAAGGUCCUAUCUGUGCUACGGACCCGGAGUGCCAGAACGGAGGAACUUGUGAUUCGAAUACGUGCAACUGUGCACCUGGGUACACUGGUUUAAACUGUGAACAAGAUCCUAUCUGUGCCACGGACCCGGAGUGCCAGAACGGAGGAACUUGUGAUUCGACUACAUGCAACUGUGCACCUGGUUACACUGGUUCAAACUGUGAACAAGGUCCUAUCUGUGCUACGGACCCGGAGUGCCAGAACGGAGGAACUUGUGAUUCGAAUACGUGCAACUGUGCACCUGGGUACACUGGUUUAAACUGUGAACAAGGUCCUAUCUGUGCUACGGACCCGGAGUGCCAGAACGGAGGAACUUGUGAUUCGAAUACGUGCAACUGUGCACCUGGGUACACUGGUUUAAACUGUGAACAAGGUCCUAUCUGUGCUACGGACCCGGAGUGCCAGAACGGAGGAACUUGUGAUUCGAAUACGUGCAACUGUGCACCUGGGUACACUGGUUUAAACUGUGAACAAGAUCCUAUCUGUGCCACGGACCCGGAGUGCCAGAACGGAGGAACUUGUGAUUCGAAUAUGUGCAACUGUGCACCUGGGUACACUGGUUCAAACUGUGAACAAGCGACUACCCCGGCCACAAGAAUGCAAGGGACUCUUCAAUGUUAUUCUUGUUUGACUAACUCCACAACGGAUGUUUGCUCUACUGCUGAUGACCUUGCAAGCGGUUCCGGAGUACUAACUCCUACAUGCUAUGAAGGACAGCGUUGUUGGACUGAUCAUUAUGAGAACUCAUCACACACGGUUGUGUCGCGUGGAUGCACAGAUGACCAAUGCAAUACAUAUCAUGAAGGUGGUGGACCUUACUGCACUAUGGCUAAUGGUGUUACCAUUUGCACAUCCUGUUGUACUGAAUCAAAAUGCAACGACAACAAAUCCAACUCUGAGGGUCUCACUUGUAGCUGUGUGACAUGGCUGACAUCUCUUUUCUCAGUGGUCAUCAUGCUCAUCACUUAUAGAACCUAAAUGAACUCAAAUGUCAAAAGCUGUUCUCAUAUUACCAUUUAUUAUAACAGGCCAAAAUAUGCCAACUCCAUUCACAAUCAUAAUGUUAAUACAUUGUAUAUUGACUUUUGUAAUUGAUGAAAGACUAAUGGUUGAACAGACUAGCUCAUUUUGAUAAAUUAUACAGACAAUAAGAUUCUCAAUGUGAAAUUUGAAAUAUGAAUUUUUAAAAUUCAAAUAUGGCAAGCACUUAUGUACUCAAUGAAAUGUAUUUCUAAUGAUUAAAGUAAUAAUUAUAUCAAUAACUAUACUACUACUACUACUACUACUACUACUCAUAAUAAUAAUAACGAUACUAACAACAACCAGGAUAGUCUUGUCAGAUAAACGCACGAUAACGCAAAAUCAUAUUUAUUAUUUAUUAUUGGCCACUAAGCAUGUUAAUAAAUCAGAAAAAUUAGCAAUAUUGCGAUGUACAAAUUCAAAUAAUAACACUUUAAAAAGGAAGCAACUAUUUCUUACAACCAAACCAUCAGUGUUUGCAAAAGUAAGUAACAGACUUUUGUUUUAUAAAUAGGUAUUGAUUGAAUAAAGCAUUGAAUUGAAAAUAAAUGAAAUCAAUUUUAGAUUUGGUAAGAUUUCUUCUAUUGUACAUAUUUAUCAUUAGAAAAGUAUAGAAUAGCUUUAAUGUACUAUUCACGUUAAACAAGUCUUAAUCCGUCCUGAAUUUUCUGCAUGGACAUAUUCUUAAAAAUACAUUAAAAUACAGAAUAAAGACGUUCAAAAACGAUUGAUAGUACCAUGAAGUUUUCAAAUUUUUGGUAGAUUUUGUGCCCUUACCAAAUGUUAUAUAAACAAUGAGUGGAAAGUAUUUGAUUAAAUUAAAUUUUGUAUUAUUGGAAAAAACAAUGUGACAUUGUUUUUAUGUGAGUUUCAACAAAUUUGAUAGAACACUGUUUAAUAUUCUAAUUACAUUAAAAUUUGAAUGACACAAAUGACCUGGGUAUCAGGCUUUUAUAGCUUGCUUCCAUGAUGUGUUUUCUCUUAUAUCAAUGUAGUGUAUGUAUCAAUCAGCUAAUGAUUGCCACUUUUGCCAGUACGUUUAUGUAGACCUGAAAGGUAUGAAAACUACUCACAAACAGACACAUGGAUGUUGUAAAAAUAUUCGCUUUUCACUUUAUCAACCAAUACACAGGUAGAACACUUAUGAAUGAAUUGUAUUCAUUGCCUGAUAAAACUGUUUAACAGCUGGGAAUGGAAAUGUAUUUUGUAGUCUUGGAAUCGGGAGGAAGCUUCAUACAUGAUAUUUAUGAGGAGCUGGUAAGAUGAACACAAUUGUUGUCAUAUUGCACUACAUAAACGUAUUGGGGGAAAACUGCCUUCAGCACUUUACAUCUGUAAUCGUUAUUGAUUUAAUACAUAAAGGAAGACAUUGACGAAAUGAAACAAACAGAUGUUUUUCAUCGUAUUUUCUCCAUUCAACAUGACCAAGGAUAAUUGUACUUUUAAACUAUAAGAGCGCUUAAAAAAAAUCAAUUAUUUGUGCAAGUCCGCGAGGUUAGGGGAAUACCAACUGGUAGCGAAUUGAGUUCAUUAAGAAGAGAGAUAUGAAAUAUGCCUACAAACUAAAGUUACUAUACCAUAUACUAGAAAGUUGUAGUUCAGUCUUCUAUUGUAUAGUUAUGUUUAGUGUUAACAGUGUCAAAUUUGUUAUGUAUCUUCCUAACAUUUUCUAUGGUAUGCUCGAUCACCUUGAUUGAUUCGUCUCAACUUUGACUUUGUUGUUCUCUGUUAAAAAGCUGCUUAUCUGUACAAACAAGUAUGAAGUUAUUGAUGUUUUUGAUGCAGAGCUAUUUUCUUAAUAAUUUGAUACAAAUUUAACGAUGGGGAAGAGUGUAUUUCAUUCGGGUUGUACAUGUUUUUGAUAAUAUGUCAUAAUGCUGAAACCACUAGAGCUUUCACAUUGCAAUGGAUGUACAUAAUCUAAAAUAUACAUUAAAUUGUUACGUAUGAAUGUAUUGUCAAUUCAUUUUCCUUUAAUGUUCUAAAUAAAGUUUGGAUUGAGGUGUCAUUAA